GGCUUUGGCGCAUUUUCGGCUGGUUUGAUUCAUCCAUUUUGAAGAGACGGGGGAGAGGGGGGCUCGUCAGAUCCAGAGACCUCAAACCAGCAGCCGCGGACUCUGAGAAGCCAGCAGCCCGGGGCUCGGCAGCAGCGGCCCUGCCGGCCGGAGCGGGGGGGUGGGGCGCCGAGUGCGCGGGGAGGGGGGUCCUGGUCUUCGGCUCCUCGACUUGGUCGCGCCUCGACAGCGAACAUGUCUCGGCCUGUCAGAAAUAGGAAGGUCGUCGAUUACUCUCAGUUUCAGGAAUCAGAUGAUGCAGAUGAAGAUUAUGGAAGAGAUUCAGGCCCUCCUGCUAAGAAGAUUCGGUCAUCUCCCCGAGAGGCUAAAAAUAAGAGGCGAUCUGGAAAAAAUUCACAAGAAGACAGUGAAGACUCGGAAGAAAAAGAUGUGAAGACCAAGAAGGAUGAUUCUCACUCGGCAGAAGACAGCGAAGAUGAAAAAGAUGAUCAUAAAAAUGUACGCCAGCAACGACAGGCAGCAUCUAAAGCAGCUUCUAAGCAGAGAGAGAUGCUCUUGGAAGAUGUUGGCAGCGAGGAAGAGCCAGAAGAAGAUGAUGAGGCGCCAUUCCAGGAGAAAGAUUCUGGCAGCGACGAGGAUUUCCUAAUGGAAGACGACGAUGAUAGCGAUUAUGGCAGUUCAAAAAAGAAAAACAAAAAGAUGGUUAAGAAGUCCAAACCUGAGAGAAAAGAAAAGAAAAUGCCCAAACCCAGACUAAAGGCUACAGUGACGCCAAGUCCAGUGAAAGGCAAAGGGAAAGUGGGUCGCCCCACAGCUUCAAAGACAUCAAAGGAAAAAACUCCUUCUCCCAAAGAAGAGGAUGAGGAAGCAGAAAGCCCUCCAGAAAAGAAGACCUCUGCAAGCCCCCCACUUGAGAAGUCUGGAGACGAAGGGUCUGAAGAGGAAGCCGCAUCUGGGGAAGAUUAAAAGUGAUAUUUAGGGAGAGGUUUUAUUAAAAACAAAGGAAACCUCUGUAGGACACGGUUUGGGCUGUGGCUUGACUCAUGGGCUUUCAGUGCUAUUUCAUUUGUCUAGAAUAAUGUUUUUCUCUCUAUCUAUCUCUUAAAACCAUUGUAUGCUGAUGUGUUUAAGUUGCCAUUUUGUCUCAGUCUUUUCUUUGCCAAUUCCCUCCCCCCCACAAAAGCCAUGUCAAUUAAUCACUGGAUUGACUGUUUCAUCUUUGUGUUCUUAAUGGAGGGAAGGAAUGCCAUGGCUGCAAAGCAAUAAGAUUUGAGGUGGAUGCUAUGGAAACUGCUUCUUGCUAGAGAACAGCAACUUGAACAAUAAUCAAAAACAAAAAAACUAGAAAGGUUUUAAUUAAAUAAUUGUUCUUUCUUUUCCUGUACUUUUGACAGACCAGUUGUCACUUAACAUGAGCUUAUAUGUCUAAAACUGUAAAUGUCAAAAAGAAUCAUGACUCUAAAUUAGUACUAGUGAGGCAGUUGGGGGUGAACAUGAAUUCUGGAUUAACUCAGCACUCACAUUAUUUCCUUGGGUGUGGAGGGAAUGGUGUUCCUGGAACUUAGUAUAUUUGUUAUUCUCAAAGAGAUUCAGAGCCAGUCUUUUGUCUUGAUAACAGUCUUUUUUCUUUUUUUUAAAGUAGGCCACCAGAAUCAGUUUUAAUUUCAUAUUUUAUUCAUGUUUUCAUUGAUUCAAGUUUUUAAAAUACAUCCUGUUUUGGGGUAAAGUUUUACCAAUGAUCCAAAAUUAAAAAGAGAUUUCUUUGAAUUUCGAUGAUGAGUCUACCCCUCACAGUACAUUUCUUCACAGGCUGACAAUGUUAAAGUUUUAAGCAAAUAAAGUUUGAGUUAGUGUGAAGCUCAGAUAUAAAAGAUUGAGAUUUAUCCUUUAUGAAUACAAAUAAUUGAAAUGAGGGCCCAUGAGCCAUGCCAUUUUUACUUGCGGAUAGAAACAGUUGAUUCCUUUCAAUAUUUAAAUCUUUGCUCCAUAGUAACAUGAUAAUGACAUGAUCUCACAACCUCCUCCUGCUGCUUCCGUACUGUGCAGUUGUUUGCCUCUUAGUUGGUCUGACCCCUCCUUUCUGUUUAUGCUUCUUUUUAAAGCAAGAGCCUGAGCCUCAAUGGGAUGAUUGAACUGUAUUUUAGGGUGCCUAUGUGCCAUUGAUAACAGUCUAGAUACCUUAACAAAGCAUCAAGAACAGGUUUGAUCCUCCACAUUCAGGUCCCAUUCGCCAAUAAAAGAUUAGGGGUCCUAUUAUGCUAUUAAAGAUUUAGUGGAGUAAUUUCUGUAUAUUUUUCUGCACUUAAGCUAAAUUUGCUUCCUCAGUAUUCUGCUUUUGUGUUUUUUAAGUGACAUGUUUGUCUCAGACAGUGUCAUUUUCUUAUAGGUGUUCGUAGGACAAAGGGUUAUUUAAGAAAUAUUUUUACUCUGGUUUUUAAGACACUUUAAAGAACAUUCUUAGAUCUGCUUUAAAAUAAAUAAAUGAAUAAAUAAAG